AUGGGCUGUCCCACGGCUUGGAUUUUUUUCUUGUUUGUGCUGGUGACGCUCCCGAAGGCCGGCAGGUCCUGCCCGAGACCAUGCGCCUGCCAUCAGCCCACAGAAGUGCACUGCACCUUCCGCUCGUUACUGACCGUACCGCCUGGUAUACCUCGACAAGUGGAGCGCAUGAACUUGGGAUUUAACACUAUAAACAGGAUAACAGUUACUUCUCUGACUGGUUUACAAAAACUGGAGCUCCUUAUGAUGCACGGGAAUGAUAUCCACAGUCUUCCAAAUGGGGUGUUCAGCGAUCUUAUCUCCCUUCAGAUGCUGAAAAUGAGCUACAAUAAACUGAAAGUCAUCAGCAGACACACCCUUCAGGGUCUUUGGAGUCUGGCCCGUCUGCACCUGGACCACAACAGGAUUGAGUUUAUCCACCCAGAUGCUUUCCAAGGCCUGACGUCCCUGCGUCUGGUCCAACUAGAGGGCAAUCGCCUUCAGCAGCUCCAUCCUUCCACCUUUUCCACCCUCUCUGUGUUUGGCUACUUCCCUGUGUCCACUUUAAAGCACUUGUAUUUGUCUGAGAAUGGACUGACAACGCUGCCCAAAAAGAUGCUGGCAGGCAUGCCUCAUCUGGAGAACCUUUUCCUGCAUGGAAAUCCUUGGACUUGUGACUGCAGAAUGAAAUGGUUCAGAGAAUGGAACACAAACUCGCCAGGUGUACUGAAAUGCAAGAAAGACAGGGCUUAUGCUGGAGGCCAGCUGUGUCCCAUAUGUUUCUCUCCAAAGAACUUAAGAAAGAAAGAGCUCCUGGAAAUUGAGACCCUCUCCUGCACGAGCCCCGUUAUCCGUGCUUCUCACAGGGCUACACUGCCAGAGGACACGGAGAGCGAGCUUAUGUCUCUGGACGAGUUCCGACAGCCAUUUGGAAACAUAUCAGUAGGCCUGACAGAUGAGCAUGGAAAUAAAGUGGACCUCGACUGCGACCUUCAUGAACCCAGGGAGUCUGCCAGAAUGAGCUGGGAUCAUGUUAACCCUUAUCAGAUUGUAGCAAACGUCACUCUGUCGGUGGAUGUGGAGUGUCCUAUCGAUAGGUCCAAUUAUGAGAGAUUGUGGAGGCUCAUUGCGUACUACAGUGACGUACCUGCUCAUCUGCAGAGGGAGAUUAUGCUUAGCAAAGACCCGUACGUAAGCUACAGGUACCGACAGGAUGUGGAGAGGGAUGCGUUGUAUUACACUGGGGUAAGAGCCAACAUUGCAGCUCAGCCAGCUUGGAUUAUGCAGUCGUCAGUGGACCUGCAGUUAAACAGACCACAGUCCACUGGAAAGAGAGUGAAGCUGAUUCUUAGCAUUCAUCUCUCACAACGAGAGGAAACCGAGCCUAUGCGAGGGCAGAUCAGGAACUGGGUUAUGAUUGAGUCUAAAAAUGACACCAGAACUGCCCUGACAGCUGUAGUGGGAAACCCCGUCCAGAUGUACUGCAAUGUGAUGAGCUCCGGUGACCCCUUCAUUCAGUGGAUGUUGCCAGGUGGUUCAAAAGUGACGGCACCUUACAGCAGCACUGACAACAGAGUGUCUGUGUCCAGCUCAGGAAUGUUGGAUAUUAAAGCUGUGGAUCACUCAGAUUCAGGGGUGUACUACUGUAUUGCAUCAGUCACAAAUGAUUUCAGUGUCCUCCCCUUUCGCCUUACUGUGGAGGAGUCCUCAAGCCCUCCUCCUGAAAGUGAUAAAGUUACCGAUCCCGUGACUGGAUUCGCCGGCGCGCCCGUUUCCCUCCCUUGUGAGGCCUCUGGAUCACCUGAUGCAGAGGUGAACUGGGUUCUCCCCAAUAACAGCAUUCUAAGCUUCAGGUCAAACUCCUCCAGGGCAUUUGUGACCUCAAAUGGAACAUUGAGCAUUCCCCAGAGUCAGCUCUCUGAUAUUGGAUAUUACAAAUGUGUGGCCACAAACCAGCAUGGUGCAGACUCCCUGGCUACAAAGGUGACUCUGACAAGGCCCCCAGGAGGGCUACCCAUGAGGAAAUAUUCCAGCCGUCCUCAGCCCGCUGAGGGGUUUUCUACCAAAAUAAAAGUAUCGACAGAGAAUGAUGAAGAGUCAUCAGGGGAUAGUGAUACUGGAGAGGAGGUCUCACCAAGGCAAGUAGAUCCCUCGACUCGAAGAAGGAUCCCUAACGUUGGUGUACGAGGAGGACAUCCCUUCAGAAAUUCUUGGAGACGGCCAACAAGGAGAAGGAUUAACAUGUCAAAUAAUCAGGUUGAUCCAGAGAGAUGGGCUAACAUCUUGGCCAAAGCAGUUCCCAGUUUGAGAGGGAGACCAAGGAUCAUUAGUACAAACAUCAGCACUGUAACAGUGCAAGCUGAGUCUGAUGCGCAUCUGCCUUGCGUGGCUGUCGGAGAGCCAAGCCCUUUCCUGUCUUGGACAAAAGUCUCAACAGGAGCCAGUGUUGCACAAAACACAAGAAUUCAGAGGUUUGAGGCCCACCCCAAUGGCACACUAAUAAUCCGAAAGGUUCUGCCAGUGGACCGUGGCCAAUAUCUUUGUAGUGUCCAGAACCAGUAUGGAGAGGACAAAGCAGCAGUCACACUGAUUGUGGUGUCUGAACACCCCAGAGUGCUACAGCCCCGUUACCGAGAUGCCACUGUUUACCUGGGAGAUUCCAUUGAUCUUGAAUGCCAGUCUAAAGGGUAUCCACUACCCCGAGUUACCUGGGUCCUCCCUGAUCGAGCAAUGGUACAUACCAGCGCUCUUCCACCUACUACCACUGAACAGCGGAUAGUGCUCUCAGCUAACGGGACGCUUCAGAUUAACUCUGUUAUCAACACAGACCGCGGAAUAUACAAAUGUAUUGCUAGCAAUGCAGCAGGUGCCGACGCCAUCACUGUGCGACUGCAUGUCACCUCUAUGCCUCCAGUGAUACAGCAGCCUCAGCGAGAGAAUGUGUCCUUGACUGAUGGGAGUACAGCCUAUCUAGACUGCACUGCCCGUGGUGCGCCUCCCCCUUCAGUAUACUGGACUACCCCAGAUAGCAUGCAGCUGAGACCCUCUCAAUUUGUGAAUGGUCGAAACUUAUUUGUCUUCCCCAACGGGACCCUGUAUAUGCGUGGUGUGGGACCAGCAGAUGCAGGGCGUUACGAGUGUACAGCCAGCAAUGCAGUUGGGACGUCUUGGAGAGCGAUCAGCUUAUCUGUGCCAAAAGUCACUCCUUCCUCCAGAGCCAGGAUUACCUCCUCAUCACCUCAGAAAACAGAUGUGAUUUAUGGGGGACAGCUGCACCUGGACUGUAUGGCAUCUGGAGAUCCAGUGCCCAGGAUUAUCUGGAGAAUUCCAUCCAAGAAGCUGGUGGAUGCCCAUUACAGCUUUGACCCCAGGAUAAAGGUGUUUGCCAAUGGAACACUGUCUGUCCACUCAGUCACAGAAAAGGAUGAAGGGCACUACCUUUGCAUGGCUCGAAACAAAAUGGGAGACGAUUACAUGCCUCUCAAGGUCAACAUCCUUACAAAACCUCCAAAAAUAGAACAGAAACUGCCAUCUGAUCAGAAGGUGAUGUACGGAGGGGAUCUGAAAGUAGACUGCGUGGCCUCUGGGCUACCUAACCCAAAGAUCCAGUGGGCCUUACCAGAUGGCACCAUGAUUAAUAGUGUUAUGAAGCACGAUAGCAUCAGUAGUGGGCGUAGUCGCAGGUAUGUGGUCUUCGACAAUGGCACUCUGUACUUCAAUGAGGUUGGGAUGCGUGAAGAAGGUGACUACACCUGUUAUGCUGAGAACCAGAUCGGCAAAGAUGAAAUGAAAGUGCACGUCAAAGUGGUCGCGGACGUCCCCGUGAUCAAAAACAAUUCUCAUCAAGUCAUCAGAGUCCUCUACGGGGACUCUGUCUCUCUAAGGUGCAGUGCGAAAGGUGAACCAACACCAGUCAUUAUGUGGUUCAGUCCCACCAACAGGGCCAUCCCCCCAGGAGCUUCAGACAAGUACCAAGUCCAUAACGAUGGCACAUUAGUCAUCCAGAAGGCCCAGCGCUUUGAUGGUGGUAAUUACACUUGUCUUGCCCGGAACAGUGCUGGACAGGACCGCAAAGUCACCCGGGUCGAGAUCCUCGUCUCUCCUCCUGCUAUCAAUGGACUUAGAGGUGCAACCAACACAGCCAGGGUGACAGCAGUGAAAGAUCAGCGGAAGUUGAUUGACUGUGAAGCCAUGGGCACGCCGCUUCCACGUGUUAUGUGGGUUCUGCCUGAAAACGUGGUCCUCCCCGCUCCAUACUACGGCAGCAGGAUGACGGUCCAUCGGAACGGGACCCUGGAUAUCCGGACGGUAAGAAUGACGGAUGCAGCUCAGCUGGCUUGUAUUGCUCGCAACGAGGGUGGAGAGGCAAGGUUAAUUGUUCACCUUAAUGUGGUAGAUGUCGUUGAACAGCCAAGACUCAGAAGCCCCAAAAUGGAGUCUGUUUCCCUUACUGUGGGCAGUGCAAUGACUCUCAAUUGUUCUUUUGAGGGCUCUUCACUGCUACAGGUCACCUGGAUCCUCCCUAACGGCUCCCCUUUGACAAGCGGUGCUCGGUUCACUAAGUUCUUCCACAAGCCAGAUGGCACCUUGGUGAUUAGUAACCCGUCUCUCUCAGAAGCAGGGACAUACCGCUGUUUGGGUCGUAACACUGCCGGGCUGGUCGAAAGAACCGUCACGCUAAUGCCAGGCAGGAAGCCUGAAAUUACCAACAGAUACAACUCACCUGUGAGCAUCAUUAACGGGGAGAGUCUUCAGCUUCACUGUUUGUCCAACGGGGACCCUGUCCGACUAACCUGGACCCUGCCAAGUGGGGUUGUGUUAAAUCGGCCACAGAGGGCAGGUCGCUAUGCUGUUCUCCCCAACGGAACCCUUGCCGUCCAGCAGGCCUCUGUCUAUGAUAGAGGCUCGUAUACAUGCAGAGCGUCCAAUGAGUAUGGAAGUUCUCUCCUUACAAUCCCAGUCAUAAUCAUUGCAUACCCACCGCGCAUCACGAAUGGCCCAGCAGCUACUACCUAUGCAAGACGAGGAGUUGCCGUCCAGCUUAACUGUGUAGCUAUUGCUAUUCCCAGGGCGGAGGUGGCAUGGGAAACUCCAGAUAGAACCCGGUUGGUUGUCAGCCCCCAGCCUCGGAUGUUCGGAAACAAGUACAUCCAUCCUCAGGGUUCACUCAUUAUCCAGAAUCCAACACUGAGAGAUGCUGGUCUUUACAGAUGCACAGCGAGAAAUGUGAUGGGAGUGGAUUCAAAAGCAACAUAUCUUCACGUUUUUUAG